CCCAACCCAAGCCUGUUGUAAAGAUGGCGUCUAUCAUGGAGGGGCCGCUAAGCAAGUGGACUAACGUCAUGAAAGGCUGGCAGUACCGGUGGUUUGUUUUGGACUACAACGCCGGCCUUUUGUCGUAUUACACGUCUAAGGACAAAAUGAUGCGAGGAUCCAGAAGAGGCUGCGUGCGACUCAGAGGAGCUGUGAUCGGAAUAGAUGACGAAGACGACAGCACAUUCACCAUCACUGUGGACCAGAAGACUUUCCACUUUCAAGCUCGAGAUGCGGAUGAACGUGAGAAGUGGAUCCACGCCUUAGAGGGGACUAUCCUCCGUCACACCCUCCAGCUCCGGGAGGCUGAGACAGGACUCGUUCCCAGUGUGCAAGACUUUGACAAGAAGCUCGCUGAAGCUGACGCCUACCUACAGAUCCUAAUCGACCAGUUAAAGCUGUUUGAUGAGAAGAUCAAGGACUGCAAAGAGGAUGAAUCGCACAGGAAAAUAGAAAAUCUGAAAGAGACUACUUGUAGUAUGGUAGAGUCCAUCAAGCACUGUAUUGUUCUUCUGCAGAUUGCCAAGGACCAAAGUAACGAACAACAACACGCAAACGGACUUAUAAGCACCAUCAACCCAGUGGAUGGGAUCUACCAGCCGCAUCUUGACCCCCCUGUAGUCAACACCACAAUGCCAACGCAGAACACACUACCCAUAGACGCUUCUCAGGUGUGUAAAUCAGACCAACGACCUUCCACAUUAGCUGUUGGUCCCGUGGUCACAGUGAUGGGUAGUCUGCAGACCCCGACUCCCAACAGCACAGGGAGUGGCCCGUCCGGCCCCAGCAGCGGCGUCUCCUCUCCGACUCACAUCCCCCUGCCCUCACACUCAGUGCCAGACUUCUCCUACUCCUCCAGCGAGGAUGAGUUUUAUGAUGCUGACGAGUAUAACCAGGGCAGCAUUUCACCCAAACACUUUGCAGAUCCCUCAGGGCCCUCUGCUGCUCCCACGGCAACUAACGAGCAAACAUCAUUAAAACGGCCUGAAACCACAGAGUCCCUCAACUCAACCAUGUCAAACGGCACCACAGAUCCAGAUAUGUUUGACAAUAAUGACGACCGUGAUGACGAUGGUGAGGGGGAGUCUGUGGAAGAGCACAAGAGCGUCAUCAUGCAUCUGCUGUCACAAGUCCGUUUGGGCAUGGACCUCACUAAAGUGGUUCUGCCUACUUUCAUCCUAGAGAGGAGAUCUUUGUUAGAGAUGUAUGCAGACUUCUUUGCACACCCUGAUUUAUUUGUAAGUAUCGCUGACCAACCGGAGCCCAGGGAACGCAUGGUUCAGGUGGUGAAGUGGUUCCUGUCUGCUUUCCAUGCAGGCAGGAAAGGUUCAGUGGCCAAAAAACCUUACAAUCCAAUCCUGGGGGAAGUCUUCUUCUGCCACUGGGAUCUUCCAAACGAGAUGGAAGAGCCGCCUCCACCUACGGAGGCCGUAACAGACGGUCCAGUUCCCUGGUCUUCACCCAACAGUGUGCGUUUCGUGGCAGAGCAGGUCUCUCACCACCCGCCCAUCUCUGCAUUUUACGCGGAGUGUUUAAAUAAGAAGAUCCAGUUCAACGCUCACAUCUGGACCAAGUCCAAGUUUCUUGGCAUGUCUAUAGGGGUCCACAACAUCGGUCAAGGCUGUGUGUCGUGUUUGGAGCAUGAUGAACAUUAUAUUCUUACCUUCCCUAAUGGAUACGGCAGGUCGAUUCUGACCGUGCCCUGGGUGGAGUUGGGUGGAGAGUGCAACAUUUCCUGCUCAAAGUCAGGCUACAGCGCCACCAUCGUAUUCCACACCAAACCUUUCUAUGGCGGAAAGAAGCACAGGGUCACAGCAGAAAUCUUCGCACCAAAUGACAAGAAAUCUUUCUGCUCCAUUGAAGGAGAAUGGAACGGAGUGAUGUACUCCAAGCUGGCAACUGGAGAAAAUGCAUCGUUCAUAGACACUAAGAAAAUGAGCAUCAUAAAGAAGAAGGUGAGGAAGCUAGAGGACCAGCUGGAUUACGAGUCCCGGAGGCUAUGGAGAGAUGUGACACUGAACCUGAAGCUUAAAGACAUUGAUACAGCAACAGAGGCCAAACAUCGUCUUGAGGAGAAACAAAGGGCUGAAGCCAGGGAGAGGAAGGAGAAGGAGCAGCAGUGGGAAACCAGGCUAUUCCAUGAAGACGGGGAGUGCUGGGUCUACGACGAGCCGCUAUUAAAGAGAUUAGCUUCUCAGAGGCACUGAUAAAGCCACACUCGCUAUGAUGAACACAGAAGUUCAAAAAGAAAUCUGCACAGACACAGGAGUCUUCAUAAGAACUCUUUUGCAUAAAAAAAAAAAACACACUUCUUAUUCAAGCCUUGGGAUGAUUGAUUGAACCUGUACACUGCUUUGCAUCUGACUGUAUUAAAAAAAAGGAAAUGAAUGAAAGCAUCAAAGAUGUAAACAUGAGCUCUUCUCCUUACUUGGGCAAAUUUCCCCUGCGCUGACCACCGAUACCAACCCCUCAUCCUCCUCCUCCCCCCACCAUACGGCACCGCAGAGAGGAGAUGCGAGAGCCGGCCAUCACUUCUAGAUCCACACUCUAUGAUCCAGAGAAGCACUUGUGUUCCAGUAUACCUGGUUUUGUUUCUUUAUAAAAGGGGGAGCUGGAGGCUUGUGGUCGUUGAUGUACAAUUCAAGUAAAAUAACUGGCGCUCUACAUCUCAGGGAAUCUGACUGAGGAAAGAAAGCUGCUGCACCCUCCCAGAGUCUGACAGCCUUAUAACAGUGGAGCCCAUGAAUCUUAAAGCGGCGGGAGAGAACUUCUCUGCUUGCCUGAAACUAGUUCUAACUGAUCUUUAUAUAUAGAUAUACAUAUAAUUAAAUAUAUAUAAAUAUAUAUAUAUUCUUUUUUUAUUUCCAAUAUUUUGUUCUGUUCUUUCUGGCAAUACUAUACACUAUUGGGGUUAUGAACAUGAUGGCUUCACCUCAUUAGGAAUCAUUCCAUUUUGAUUUUCAUCGUUUUGUUUUCCACUUCUGAGCGGCCAUUUUUGUUCUUGUAUCUUUAAUGCUAUCCAGAAGCAAAACAUGAGCCAUGAAACUUACAGAGAUUGGGAGAGGUGGAAAAUAUAUUUAAGGACUAUAUGCAAUGCUAAGUUUCAAAGCCAGUUAUGCCAAAAAGGAGAAUAAUAUAUAUAAACUAACUUUGAGAUGGAUGGCAAAUGGUUCCCUGAAAGCAUUUCUGAACAAAACAAUUGUUUACAUGAUGUUUUCUCCAUGAUGAAGAUUUAGUCUCCCAUUGUUUGCUGCAGAUCAACCUCUCUUCUUCACGCUUGCCGGUGAUGACCGAGCAGUGUAGACGGACUCAACUGGUUCCUGUCUUUUUCUUUUACACAUUCUGCUUUUACAUUCAGAACCACAUGCUGGUCAACAAGCCUUUUGAACACGAGUGAUUUAUAAGCUUUUGUUUGGAUCUAAAUUGCUGAACAGUGAUGCAAACAAUCCAUGUUAUCUUAGUUUGAAGAGUUAAUUAUCAACACAAAUGAAAAGGCCUUUAAAAUUGCCCACCUGGUCUUAAACUGAAGGUUUACCUGUUUUUCUUCUUUCCUCCAUGCUUUUCUUUUUUUGUUGUAAAACUCGUUGAGUAGAGGCCUUGCCUUUCAUUUCAGUAUUGCCUGAUAGAGAGCAAUCAAAACAAAUGUAUUUCGUUUUUUUUUUCAUUUCCUUUUCAUCAUAACCAUUGAUUGUAUCUGACUCUCCUGAUAAUUGAAGAAUUAUAUUAAAUCUCUGAGAGUUAUUUCCU